AUGGAGCAAAAUACGUUGAAAAGACGAGGCGUUGGCUUGACUGGUGUCGACAAGCAACGAUCAUUCGGCGGCUACACACUCUUCUGUCCCUUGACUAGUGACGUAGCUCAUCUAGUAGACAUCGAUGGGAACGAAGUGCACUCGUGGAAAUUGCCCGGAAGGGUUGGUCGACACGCAAGAAUCCUGCCAAAUGGAAACCUUGCAGUAAAUACUCUUCGCCCAGCUCCAAAUCAAACAACCAAAGAUGGCGGUCCAUUUCCCUUCCCAUUUUUCAACAAGUACGGCGGAGGAAUUAUGAGCGAGCUGGAUGCGGAUAGCAAUGUGAUCCGGCAAUUUACAGAUCAUCUGGGUCACCAUGAUCAAUACCAUUUUGGAGACGGUCGUCUCUUAUAUACGAGUCUUGAGGCUUUAUCUCCGAGUGAAUCUACGCAAGUCAUUGGCGGCGUACCUGGUACCGAGAUUGAUGGCAUUGUAUAUGCAGACACGAUCAAGGAAACCGACGAAAAUGGUAAAGUGAUCUGGGAAUGGAAAGUCUCUGAAAGACUACCUCGUGACGAGUUCCCUCUUCAGCCACACUAUACCCGUGAACACUAUCCACUCAUCAAUUCGGUUCUUCCGAUGCAGGAUGGAAAACACAUCCUCGCGUCAAUGCGAUCAGUCUCCGCGGUGGUCAUCAUUGAGAAAGCCACAGGCAACAUUGUAUGGAAACUCGGUCCUGAGCUGUUGGCUCAACAGCACAAUGCGACGGAGCUUGAGAACGGCAAUAUUCUCAUUUUCGACAACGGAGCAUUCCGGAACGGAGAGUCCAUUACAUACACACGCGCGCUAGAAAUCGACCGUACGACAAAGGAAAUUGUGUGGGAGUAUCGUGACCGCUCGCAGAUGGUCAGCUUUUUCACUCCCUUUAUGGGAAGUGCCCAGAGACUUGCCAACGGUAAUUCUUUACUGUGCGAAAGCGCGUUUGGCCGUUUGUUCGAAGUGACACACGAUGGUUACAUUUGCUGGGAAUACGUCAACCCGCAUUUUGCCCCGUAUCCUGAUGAGACAACGGCAGCAAUUUUUCCCGGAGAGUCAAAUGCCUUGUUUCGGGCUUAUCGGUAUUCGUUGGAAGAGAUUCCUUGGCUUAGGGGGAAGCUAGAGAAGAAAGCGGAGAAUCUGGGGAAUACGUCGACUACAUAG